AUGCAAACUGAGAUACAAGCAUUGGAAAGAAAUGGAACUUGGGAACUAUGUUCUCUUCCUAAGGGAAAGAAAGCUAUGGGGUGUAAGUGGGUUUACAAGGUGAAACUCAAAUCUGAUGGGACUGUUGAGAAACUUAAAGCAAGACUGGUUGCUAAGGGAUAUACUCAGAUCUUUGGAAUAGAUUUUGAUGAGAUUUUUUCACCAGUAGUCAAAAUGGCUACAAUUAGAUGUCUCUUGGCUCUUACUGCUAGUAAAGGAUGGAGUUUGCAUCAGUUAGACAUCAAUAAUGCAUUUCUUCAUGGAGAUUUGCAUGAAGAAAUUUAUAUGAAGAUGCCUGAAGGAAUGCCUAAUCCUUACAACCUUGUAUGCAAGCUUAAGAAAUCUCUCUAUGGCCUUAAGCAAGCUUCAAGGCAGUGGUUUGCUAGGUUAACUCUUGAGCUUGAAAAGUUGGGUUUCAAGAAGUCUCUGAAUGAUUAUUCUUUAUUUCUCAAACAGAAUGAUCCUGAUAUUAUUAUUUUAGCAGUCUAUGUUGAUGAUAUUGUUGUGACUGGUACAAAUAAUGAAGCUAUUUUGGCUCUGAAGACUCAUUUGCAUUCUGUUUUCAGCAUCAAGGAUCUGGGUAUUUUACACUAUUUCCUUGGUAUUGAAGUUGUUCAUUUACCUCAAGGAAUAAUUCUUACUCAGAGAAAAUUCUAUAAGGAAUUAAUAAGUGAAUCUGGUUUUGAUGUGUCUAAGGUUGCUAAAACACCUCUUCCACAAAAACUGAAACUUUUAGCAGAUCAAGGAGAUUUUUGUUCUAAUCCUACUUUAUACAGGAAAAUGGUGGGAAAGCUGAAUUUCCUCACACAUACAAGACCAGAUCUGUCUUUUGCUGUUCAAUGCUUAAGUCAAUUUAUGCAUCAGCCAAGAAUUCAGCAUAUGCAAGCUUUGCAUCAUGUCCUGAGGUAUGUUGCUUAUACUCUAGGACAAGGGAUUCUACUCCAGGCAACAACUCAACUCACUCUCAAAGCUUACUCAGACUCAUAUUGGGGGUCCUAUCCUAAUAGCAGAAGGUCAGUGACAGGUUAUAUCAUGCUUCUUGGUAAUUCCCCAAUUUCAUGGAAAUCCAAGAAGCAAGGAACUGUCUCUAUGUCAUCUGCAGAGGCAGAAUACAGAGCUAUGGCUGCAGCCUCUACUGAAGUUACUUGGUUGGUUAGACUUCUUACAGAAUUAGGCAUUGUUGAUUUGAAGCCUGUCAAAUUGUCUUGUGACAAUCAAUCUACAAUUUAG